AUGGAUAGGUGCGUCACUACACGGCCCUCCCAAGCUUGCCAAAUGCCAUGGCAUGUGCCCUCGGCCUUCCUACCAUUCGGACAAUCCGUCGGAAGGAUACCCAUCCCAAGCUCGUCGCAGAUGCAACGCCGUCAGAUGGAGAUAGUCAAUCGGGACGACUCUGUUGUCGCAAAGUCUCGGGAGUACGACCUUAUCCGCGAGGCCAUCAAGGGCAGUAUGUUGAACCCGGUCCUCGUAGCCCACGGGGAAGAUCCCAGCUUUGGCACAGCCGAUCGGCACGGCUAUGACGAGUUUGUCUUGUAUGCUGAGAUGACGGAGGGGAGGUUUUGGGUGGAUGCGGUCAAGCAGCGUUAUAUGGUUAUAAUCCCGGAAUGGUGGUCUAAAUUGGCGAGGCGAAUAUGGUUCACCUUGUACCAAGAGCAACUCACCAUGCUUGCUGGGCGUACAGGCACUCAGAGGCCCAGACGUGUGGUCCUCGGGCCACAAGACCACAUACAGGACUUUGAUCUCAACUUUCGAGAAGCGGGAGCCGUCGGCAGAUGUCUUCGAGGUCCUGGUGCGCCCGGGAGACUUGGGCAGAGGACAGGUACAAGCUGUUGCUUGAUGAGGGGGAUAUGGAGGCGGCGGUCAAUGUCCUCACCAGCUCGGACUUCGCAGAGAGCGAGCAGGGGGACGGGACGGGGACGAUGUUCACAAAGAGGACAGCGAUUCCGACGACGAGUGAGGGUGGGUCAAGUGAGGGGACAAGGGCUGGGGGAUCGGGUUUGA